AGACCUAUUACUUUCUUAAGUUUACCGCGCCUGCAGUGAUGAACAAGUGAACUAAAACCGAAAAUAACGUGUGUUUACUGUAUUUUCAUUUUUUUUUUGGAACAUACGAAACUAGCGCGGAUGCUAUGGGGAUAUGGGGAAACAUCAUAAUAAUUGUCAUGACAAAAAACACUCGGACUUGUUAUAUCGAUCAAACUAAUUGCUGGCUCAAGUUACCAACACUUCUGUUGAACGUAUCUCGUUUAUAAUUUUGGAAGCAAGUAUACAUAUCAGAUAAAUACAGGAAAAACUAGUUUCUAUUUUGACAGUAUCAGUCAUAUUCACGAUUCCGAAGUCUGUUCCUUCGAAUUAUAAAAUAAAGAAAGCUGUCUUAUGAAAAAUGGCCUCCACUGCCAAAAAACAAGCAAGUACAGGAGCUAGAAAAAAAGCUGCCCCUAAAUUUGAAUUAUCAGACGAACAAAAAGCAGAUAUAAAAGAAGCUUUCGAUCUUUUUGAUCCUGAUGGAACUGGGAAGAUAGCAACAAAGGAGCUCAAAGUAGCAAUUAGAGCAUUGGGAUUUGAGCCUAAGAAGGAAGAAAUAAAAAAGUUAAUCGCAGACGUUGAUCCUGAUGGUCUUGGGAAACUGUCUUUUGAGGAAUUCUUGAAUGUGAUGUCUGUCAAAAUGUCUGAAAAAGAUUCCAAAGAAGAAAUUUUGAAGGCAUUUCGUUUGUUCGACGACGACGACACAGGAAAAAUAUCAUUCAAAAACUUGAAAAGAGUGGCACGUGAAUUAGGUGAGAAUUUGACAGAUGAGGAACUUCAAGAAAUGAUAGACGAAGCUGACAGAGAUGGAGAUGGUGAAAUAUCCCAAGAAGAGUUUUUGCGAAUCAUGAAAAAAACUUGUCUCUAUUAAUUCAUGGUAAGAUUCUAUCGACUGAUUAACGAUGUCAAAUACUUUUGAAGCAUCGACGUAACUCAUUGCGUGCAACUCUGUUCCUGAAGAAACAAAAACAAUUAUUUAUUAACAAUCAAAUGCAACAAAGUCUGUCCUCUUAACUUCUAAGAUCAAACUUGUUCAAUUUUCCAUGUUUAAGCGUCCUCCAAGUAUUGAAUAAAUAAGUUUUGUCAUAAA